AUGCCUCUCGCAAAGGACCUCCUUCCUUCCUCCCCAGAAGAGGAGAAGAGGAAACACAAGAAGAAAUGCCUGGUGCAGAGCCCCAAUUCCUACUGCAUGGAUGUGAAAUGCUCAGGAUGCUAUAAAAUCUCCACGGUCUUUAGCCGUGCACAAACUGUAGUUUUGUGUGUUGGCUGCUCCACUGGCCUCUGCCAGCCUACAGGAGGAAAAGCAAGGCUUACAGGAGGAUGUUCCUUUAGGAGGAGGCAGCACUAAAAGCACUCUGAAUCAAGAUGAGUGGGAAACCAUCUCAAUAAACACAUUUUGGAUUAAAAAAAAAAAAAAA